AUAUCUCCCUGAAAGUAUCUGGAAUCUAUCCUCAAAGUGAUCAAACUGUGCCGCAACAUUUGCAAAUAUUCCACACGAGAGUAACGUCGGGAAAGAACAUUAUCAGUUGAUUCUCCUUCUGACGUUGUUGCUGGUUGCCACCAUGUCGACAACCAGUCAGAAGCAUCGCAACUUCGUGGCUGAGCCCAUGGGGGAGAAGGAGGUGACACAGCUGGCAGGCAUUGGCAACGUCCUAGGAGAAAGAUUAGCAAGCAAAGGCUUCGAUAAGGCCUAUGUAGUUCUUGGUCAGUUCCUAGUCUUGAAGAAGAACCGCGACUUGUUCAUCGACUGGUUAAAGGACACUGCCGGUGCCAAUGCCAAGCAGUCUGGAGAUUGCCACCAGUGCUUAUCUGACUGGUGUGAGGAGUUCUUGUAAACUACUGGAACACUAUUGCAGUUACUUUAUAGCUCUCACUUUGGGCUGAGUUAAUUUCAUUCCAUAGCCAGAAAAAUGGACAAAAAAUUUAAGAUCUUUUUUAAAAUACAUUUUAUUGAUCACAAACAAAUAGGAAAAUGUGGUUUUUAGUGUCUUUGGUGAAAUUAUUUUUGUUCUGAAUCCAAAAACAAAGUUUCUAUAUGAGUUCUGCUUCAUGUGUUGUAUUUUUAAGUGUUUGUAAUACUCUUCUUAAAGAUUGUACAAUUAUAUAAAUAUUGUGCUACUGUAAACAACUGCUUGAUUGUGUUCUUUUCUUAGUUUUCACUCUAAAUAGAUCAUUUAAUUUAUUUCUUAAUAUAUAUGAAUUUAGAUUUUUGGUUUUGUGUUGCUGGUGUUCUUUUGUGUUUAUCUAUAACAAGAACUAAAUAAUGUGGAAAUGUCAAUGAAUUGUUUGUAGAAUCAUUUAUUCAUAUUGCUUAACUUGAAAUUGCAAUGUAGACAACAAAAUGGAAGUAGGGCAGCUUAUAUUUUUGAUUGACUUGAAAACAUAGCUACAAUGACUGUAAGUGCUGAUUCUGAUAAAGGUAACAAUUUUAUAGCUUUUAUUGACAUGAAACCUUUGUUGAUAUGAAAUAAAAUGCAUUUUUAUAAA